AUGAUGAAAUCUUCGGAAGGAACAAGAGAUGUUUCUAAUGGUGGAUGUAAAUCAGUUAAUCCAACCUAUCUCUUCUUUGCUUCCCUUGGUGGUCUUGCCGCCGCCACUGCCGCUGCUUUCGCCGGAGAAUCACUCCUUCGACGCCGGAAAAAAGCUCAUAAUCAAGGUGGUUCCAUGGUGAAAGAUCAGAAGGUGAUUCCUUUGAUUGAGAGGAAAGAUUCAAGUCGACGAUCAAAUCUUGAGAGAUUCUCCUACUAUGUUGCAAGACAGCUAGGAUUUGAGGAUCCAAAUGAAUGUCCACAACUAUGCAAAUUAGCAAAUGCAUAUCUGAUUAAAACAAAAGGAUAUGAUGAGAAUGUGUAUGAGUAUUUGGUGAAUGAAGCUGAGGCUGAUUCUCUCUAUGUUCAUCUCCUUGAAGAAUUUGAGAGAUGCAUUCUCACUUAUUUUGCUUUUAAUUGGACUCAAUCUUCCAACCUUAUCUCUCAGGUUUUAAGCGACGAGUCGGAUCAGAAAGUACCAAAACUUAAAGAUUUCGUGAUGGCAGCGACAAGGAAACAGAGGUUCGAGAGGGUGACAAAAGACCUAAAGGUGACAAGAGUAUUUUCGACAUUAGUAGAAGAGAUGAAAGCUAUAAACGUUGGUAGCGGAAGCGGUGAGCCACACUGUACGGAAGUAAUGUCUCCGGUGGCGCACAACCGACGUAGUCCCGUUCUCCUCCUCAUGGGCGGUGGAAUGGGUGCGGGCAAGAGCACUGUCCUCAAAGAUAUCAUGAAAGAGUCGUUUUGGUCCGAGGCAGAGGCUGAUGCGGUGGUGAUAGAAGCGGAUGCGUUUAAGGAGACGGAUGUUAUUUAUAGAGCUCUUAGUUCUAGAGGUCACCAUGACGAUAUGCUUCAAACUGCUGAAUUGGUUCACCAAUCAUCUACCGAUGCUGCAUCGUCAUUACUAGUAACAGCAUUGAACGAAGGACGAGAUGUGAUAAUGGAUGGAACAUUAUCAUGGGAGCCAUUCGUGGAACAAAUGAUCACAAUGGCAAGGAACGCCCACAAACACCGAUAUCGAAUGGGGGCUGGCUACAAGGUGUCCGAAGACGGGACAAUCACCGAGGAAUAUUGGAGACAAAUCGAUCUAGAAGACGAAGCCAGACAAAAUGCCAAACAACAACAAAUCUUGAAACCUUAUAGAAUCGAGCUCGUUGGCGUGGUUUGUGACGCUUAUCUCGCUGUCGCAAGAGGCAUACGGAGAGCUCUAAUGGUGAAAAGAGCAGUGAGAGUAAAAUCACAGUUAAAAUCACACAAGAGUUUUGCAAAUGCUUUCCCAAAGUAUUGUGAGCUUGUGGAUAACGCUAGGCUUUAUUGCACAAAUGCUGUUGGUGGUCCUCCAAGGCUUAUAGCUUGGAAAGACGGAUCCAGUAAGCUUCUAGUUGAUCCAGAGGAUUUCGAAUGUCUAAAACGGGUCAGCAAUCUUAACCCGGAUGCAGAAUCCAUCAUCGAGCUAUACCCGGAUCCGAACGAAUUAACCAAACCCGGUUCAGUUUGGAACGAUGUCGUUUUAGUCCCAUCGAGGCCUAAGGUCCAGAAGGAACUUGGCGAUGUCAUCAGGAAAAUCGAAAAAGCCCAAACGAAAAAAUGA